AUGACGUGCUCCAAGAAGUUCAUGCGGAACUACAAGGGGUUUGACGCUGUGGAUGUCCAUCUCGCGGAUGACGGAAUCGUCCAAGCAAUCGGCAGUGGGGACAUUGUCAUGUCGAUGAAGACACCCCAAGGGAUGAAGAAAGGUGUGCUCACAAACGUGUGGCACAUCCCAAAGUUAUCCAGAAACCUGUUCUCGGUCGGCCGCUUCACCAAGGAUGUCGGCCCAGUGACGUUCACGAAGGAUGGGUGCUAUGGAGAAGCGAAAGGGACCAAGUGGAAAAUUGGUGCCCGUGAAGGUAAAGGACUGUUCAAGCUGCAAAUGACUCCAGUGGCGCCGGAACAAAGCAAAUGCAGCCAAGUCGUCGGGAUGUCAAGGGGGCACCAAGUCGUACCUCUGGCACCUUCGGCUUGGCCACAUAGGUCACGAUGGACUCAAUUGCAUCGUGACGAAGAACGUGGAAUUGGCAUCGACAUAUCUUCGGUGAAGAAGUGGGACGUGUGUGAAGGUUGUGCUCUGGGAAAACAGACUCGAGUGCGCUUCCAAUCAAACACUACAGCUCGCACCUCCAAACUCCUCGAAGUGAUUCACAGCGACGUAUGCGGACCGAUGUCGAUGGCAACUUUCAGUGGAAAACGAGCAAAUCUGAAGUUGCGGCGAAGUUCAUGGAAUACGCUGCGAUGGCCGAAACGCAAACCGGAAAGCGCGUGA